CCUGCACAAUACAGCGAAGAGAGAAAAGCAUCGUAAAGAGUUAGAUAUAUCCUCAGAAAAAUGGCAGUCGCGCAUUUUGUUCUCAUUCAUACCAUUUGCCAUGGUGCAUGGAUUUGGUAUAAACUCAAACCUGUCCUUGAGGCAGCUGGCCACAAGGUCACUGCACUGGACCUUGCAGCUAGUGGCAUUGACCCAAGGCAAAUUGAGCAGAUUGGCUCAUUUGAUGAGUACUCUGAACCCUUGUUAACGUUCAUGACAUCAGUCCCAGAUGGAGAAAAGGUGAUACUGGUUGGAGAGAGCUGUGGAGGUCUCAAUAUUGCUAUUGCUGCUGAUAAAUUCCCAGAAAAGAUUGCAGCUGCUGUUUUCCACAAUUCAGUAAUGCCAGACACGGAUCACAGCCCAUCUUAUGUUGUGGAUAAGCUCAUGGAGGUCUUUCCCGACUGGAAAGACACUGUGUAUUUUGAUUACACUAUCAAUUGCGAGACUAUAACUGGGUUGAAACUAGGCUUCAAGCUUUUGAGGGAGAAUUUAUAUACCGUAUGCCCUCCCGAGGAUUACGAGCUGGCGAAGAGGCUGUGUAGAAAGGGAUCAUUAUUUCAAAAUAUUUUAGCUAAGCGAAAAAAUUUCACUAAGGAAGGAUACGGAUCGAUUAAGAGAAUUUAUGUGCAUACCGACUCAGACAAAAUAUUUUUACCCGAAUUUCAAUAUUGGCAAAUACAAAACUAUAAACCAGACAAGGUUUAUAAGGUCAUUGGUGGAGAUCAUAAACUGAUGCUUACAAAGACUAAGGAGAUAGCUCAUAUUCUCCAAGAGGUGGCUGAUACAUAUGUUUGCCUUUGAAGCAUUUAUUAUUAUUAUUUUGGGUGUAACUAUAAAUAAAUUAUCUCAUACUUUCGUGUGGGAAUAGAUUAAGUUUCACCAAAAAAUAAAGUUGUUUAUGUUUUGUUUUAAUUUUACUAAUUUCAAAUAUAAUGUGAGUUUUUAUUUUGGGGAAUGCUACCCCUCUUGUGUAGCCUAUUAUAUUUUUUUAAGUGAAAUAAAUAAAUAAAUAAAUUUAUUAA